AUGUACGCAGUAGCAGGACCUAAUGCCAUUCCAGUCUCCCCACAGUGGGGAAAGAAGUCGCUCAGUAUGGAAGGUCGAGAUAACACAGGCUCUCGGAAAGCGAAGAUGUGUCAGCAGUCCUCUGCAGAGCAGUCUGAAUCAGUGUCUACAUCGGUACGAAGCGACGAGGAGAUGCGUGGGCAGGAAGGAAACGGGGAAGUGACAACAGAGGUGGCAGAUGACGGCUACAGGCAGGAAGAGGACGAUAUGGUACCACAGUGGUGGCUGGAGAACUGUGCCAGUGAGGAUUGA